AUUUCCAUUGGGGUAUGUACACUUUUGACUACAGCUGUAUUCUGGAUACAUUUCUGACAACACAUUUAGUAUAAAGAAGCUUGACCUGAAUUAAAUCAUAAUGUGUUUAAGGCAUGGAGAGCACUAAACAAUAUUGUAGUUAAGAGUCUUGUGUAAUUGAAUACGGAAUGCCAGAUGCCACAGAGAAUUGGACUUUGUAGUCUAGCUGUAAUCACACUACAGUUGUAAUGCUCCAUCAGGAAAUGCAGACCUGAUCUGUAGGACCGACCCAGAGCAUGUCGCCCUGGAGUCGUCCUGGAGUCGUCUUACAGGGUGGUGGAAGCUAAAUAUUGCCCACAUGCUGCUCAUGAAGUUGCACAUUCACCAGAUUUAACCCCAGUUUAGAUUGCUGGAAAGAGCAAAGACUUAGACUUCAGCCAAAACCAACAGAACAUUCCAUAUGUAUUAGUUCCACUUGGGGCAGGUGUUCUUCAGUGUUAAACACAAGGUGGACAUGCUGAAUACUGAAUGGUUAUGAUUUUGUGUUUUCUGGAAUUUGUGGGUGGCCCUACCAUUAACAAUGUCUCCCUUUUGCUGGGCACUAUACAGUGUAGUUGGAGUAUUUGAGCACCUCCCAAUGAAUUACUGGUUUGUAUGUUGCACAUGCUUGUGGAAUCUAAACCACCUUGAUUUGGGUAAAAGAUGAUCCUUCAUGUGACUGGAACCUGUUUGAUUUAAUUACAACCCUAUGCUGCCAUCUGCUGUUCAAAUAUCAUAUAACAUAAUCUGUGUUUAUAAAUAUUUAUUUACUUGCAUAUGCCAUUGCCAAAAAAUUAUGUUGGUAAUUUUGAAGUGAGUUAAGUGUACUUGUAAUAAUUUACCCAUCUCAAAUAAAAUCAGCCAUAAAUGCUGUUAACAUCCAACACUUUUGAAACAAAAAAUGUCAUUUUUAUAUGUACUACGAUUCACAAACAUCUUGUAAUACAGAAGAGAAAUGCUCAUUUAUUGGCAACACUCAACUGGUCUUUCAAUGUGCCUUCAGUGUAUGAAUUCUAAUUGUAUUUAUGUUCUGCUUUUGGCUUUCUGUUGUCCACCACCUCACAUUGGUACUGUUUACAGUGCUUAGCACCAGCUAGUUAUGUCCUGUUAAAUGAUAAAAUAGUGGAAAUGCUUGGUUUCAUGGUGCACUUUUAUUUGGACAGCAGGAUGUUUUGUAUUGCUUUUUAUGCAAUACAACAAAGCAAUCCAGUGUCUAGUACAGUAGUUGUGAUUUCAUUUAGGAUUUUCUUUUCAAUUUCAGCUCCUCUUAAUCCCUAGAAGAGUUCAAUGAUUGCUAGAGAUUUUCUCUUCUAAACAUUUGUUGAGCUUUAGCAUAAAAAAAUAAAAGACUUGCUUGCUGGUAACACAUUGGAAAAUAAAAAAAACUAUUAGUAUCCUGCCUGCAGAUUAAGGGUGUGGUGACAAAAAUCAUAACAUUUCAGUGUCUACUGUGAAAUAUUUUGCUCUAGUUUGAGUCUGCAGUUUUGAUGUCAGGUUUCUGUCUUUCUGUGUGGGUGAUUCCUAAAGGAGCUUAUGGUGUAAUAACCUGAUGGAAAAGGGCUUUUUAAGCUUCAGUGGUCAUAGCUGGAGUGGUAUGAGGAUUCAUGUUAAAUCUGAGGUCUCUCUUGACAAUGCAUUCGUUUUUUGCGUGUUGUGUCGUUUUGGUGAUAACUUUCAUGAUAAUGUUGCUUUUGAAAAUGUACGAAGCGUUUAAAAACACCUAGAUAAAUGGUAUUCGUAGUACUUUUCUUAUCUGAUACGCAGUUCUAAGCAGUAGAAAGCAGUUUCAACAGGAAAAAAGGACAGGAUGUGCCUUGCCAGUGUGGAUUGUGAUGUUUAACAGGGAAGGCAUUUUCAUCAGCAACAGCAGCGUUUCUGAAAGUACAUUUCUAAAGUUAUGAUUCCAAGCAAGAUUUUAGUGUAUCGUGGCCCUGAUGGUGGCAUCCGUACUGAAUCACUUAGAAGCACCAGAAGACGUAAGAAAUCAUGCGGAGACCUGUUUCAGAAUGGGUAUCGAGUCAAGCCUGGACAUGGGCACAGUGGAGAGAAGGAAGAACAAGAUAACUUUAGGCAUUCUUGUUACAAUGUGGUCAGUUACUGGGGUUUGAGGUUUCUGAGAGCGUUAAGAUUAAUACAGUUCUCAGAAAUUUUACAGUUUUUAAAUAUCUUAAAAACUAGUAAUUCCAUCAAACUGGUUAACCUGCUGUCAAUAUUUAUAAGCACAUGGCUCACGGCGGCGGGGUUCAUUCAUUUGGUAGAAAACUCAGGAGACCCUUGGGAAAACUUCCAAAAUUUCCAAUUACUUAGUUAUUGGGAAUGUGUCUAUUUACUAAUGGUUACUAUGUCCACUGUGGGUUAUGGAGAUGUUUAUGCAAAAACUACUCUUGGACGCCUUUUCAUGGUCUUCUUCAUCCUCGGUGGUCUGGCCAUGUUUGCCAGCUACGUCCCUGAAAUCAUAGAGUUAAUAGGAAACCGCAAGAAAUAUGGUGGUUCCUAUAGUGCAGUUAAUGGAAGAAAGCACAUAGUCGUCUGUGGUCACAUCACACUUGAAAGUGUAUCCAACUUCCUCAAAGACUUCCUACACAAGGACAGGGAUGAUGUCAAUGUAGAAAUAGUUUUUCUCCAUAAUAUCUCCCCUAAUCUUGAGCUGGAAGCCUUAUUUAAGCGGCACUUUACUCAGGUGGAAUUUUACCAGGGAUCGGUUCUGAACCCCCAUGACUUAGCCAGAUUGAAGAUAGAGCAGGCAGAUGCAUGUCUAAUCCUCGCUAAUAAAUACUGUCCAGAUCCUGAUGCUGAAGAUGCCUCCAACAUAAUGAGGGUUAUUUCUAUUAAAAAUUAUCAUCCAAAGAUACGAAUCAUCACACAGAUGUUACAGUACCAUAAUAAGGCCCAUCUGUUAAACAUUCCAAGUUGGAACUGGAAAGAAGGGGAUGAUGCAAUCUGCCUUGCUGAACUUAAACUGGGCUUCAUAGCCCAAAGCUGCUUGGCUCAAGGCCUCUCCACAAUGCUAGCCAACCUCUUCUCCAUGAGGUCAUGUAUCAAGAUUGAAGAGGACACUUGGCAGAAAUACUAUCUUGAAGGAGUUUCCAAUGAAAUGUACACAGAGUAUCUAUCCAAUGCCUUUGUGGGUUUAUCCUUCCCUGUGGUUUGUGAAUUGUGUUAUGUGAAGCUGAAGUUGUUAUUGAUAGCCAUUGAAUACAAGUCAGACGAAAGGGAAAGCAGAAGCCGAAAGCGUAUCCUCAUCAACCCUGGGAACCAUGUAAAAAUGCAAGAAGGUACUUUAGGAUUCUUUAUUGCCAGCGAUGCCAAAGAAGUGAAAAGGGCAUUUUUCUACUGCAAAGCUUGUCAUGAUGACAUCACAGAUCCCAAAAGGAUCAAAAAGUGUGGCUGCAAACGACUAAAGGAAGAAGCUAGACCAACUGACCAAACUCAAUCCUCUAAAUCCUACAACACAUCUAAUGCACUUCUCAAUGCCAAAAGUUUUGAAGAGCCUGUUCUUCUAGUUAAUAAUCGUAAAGGAAGCCUGUACCUGCCCAGCGACCCCUCUGUGCUUCGCCUUAGUCUAAUGAACCCCAAUGAACCAGGAAGACCAGCCCCCAGCAGGUUACAGCGGGCAUGCAGUCUGCCUGUGAAAUACAGAUACCAUUCUGGUAGCUCAGCGGUGAAUCACAGCCUCUUCGAAGAUGAGCAUCCUUCAGCACUGUCACCUAAAAAAAAGCAGCGGAAUGGAGGCAUGCGAAAUUCACCCAGUUCUUCGCCCAAAAUGAGGAGACACGAUCCCUUGCACGUUCCGGGAAAUGAACAAAUCGAGAACAUGGAUGCUAAUGUGAAAAAAUACGACUCCACGGGGAUGUUUCACUGGUGUCCAUCCAAAGACAUUGAGAAGGCUAUCCUGACACGGAGUGAAGCUGCAAUGACAGUUUUAAGUGGGCAUGUGGUGGUCUGCAUAUUUGGAGAUGUCAAGUCUGCACUAGUGGGGUUACGGAAUCUUGUGAUGCCUUUACGAGCAAGUAAUUUCCACUACCAUGAACUGAAGCCCAUUGUGUUUGUGGGCUCUUUGGAAUAUCUAAGACGGGAAUGGGAAACUCUACUCAAUUUCCCCAAGGUUUCGAUUUUACCAGGUACACCAUUAAGUCGGGCUGAUUUAAGGGCUGUCAACAUCAACCUCUGCGACAUGUGCGUGAUCCUGUCAGCCAAUCAGAACAAUAUUGAUGAUGCUUCGCUGCAGGACAAGGAAUGCAUCUUGGCGUCACUCAACAUCAAAUCUAUGCUGUUUGAUGACAGUAUUGGGGUCUUGCAGGCUAAUUCCCAAGGUUUUACACCACCUGGAAUGGAUAGAUUCUCUCCUGAUAACAGCCCAGUUCAUGGUUUAGGUCAACAGACUCCCAUAACUACAGGAGCCAACAUCCCAAUUAUUACUGAACUAGCUAAACCUGUCAAAAUAUUGCCCUUGGUUUCAUUCAGUCAGGAAAAAAACUGUGGAACCAACAUUCAAAUGAUAACUGAACUGGUAAAUGACUCCAAUGUUCAGUUUUUGGACCAAGAUGACGAUGAUGAUCCUGAUACAGAGCUGUAUCUUACUCAGCCUUUUGCUUGUGGGACAGCAUUUGCUGUCAGUGUGUUAGAUUCCUUAAUGAGUGCAACAUACUUCAAUGAUAAUAUCCUCACGUUGAUACGGACAUUAGUAACAGGCGGAGCUACACCAGAGCUAGAGGGUCUUUUGGCUGAAGAAAAUGCGCUACGAGGUGGCUAUAGCACACCACAGACACUUGCAAAUAGGGACAGGUGUCGUGUUGCACAGUUAGCACUGUAUGAUGGUCCCUUUGCAGACUUGGGGGAUGGUGGCUGCUAUGGUGACCUAUUUUGUAAAGCAUUAAAAACAUAUAACAUGCUGUGCUUUGGAAUUUACCGAUUAAGAGACGCACAUAUAGGUACAAGUAGCCAAUGCACUAAACGGUAUGUUAUUGCCAACCCUCCAUACGAGUUUGAGCUUGUCCCAACAGACCUCAUCUUCUGUUUGAUGCAGUUCGACCACAACGCAGGCCAGUCACGGGCAAGUUUAUCACAUUCUUCUCAUUCCUCCCACUCGUCCAGCAAGAAGAGCUCAUCUGUCCACUCCAUCCCAACAGCAAAUAGGCAAAACCGCACCAAGACCAGGGAUUCACGAGAAAAACAGAAUGCAACAAGGAUGAAUAGAAUGGGCCAAGAAAAGAAAUGGUUUACAGAUGAGCCAGAAAACGCCUAUCCGCGGAACAUUCAAAUCAAGCCCAUGAGCACUCACAUGGCCAAUCAAGUAAAUCAGUAUAAAUCUACAAGCAGCCUGAUUCCACCAAUCAGAGAAGUUGAAGAUGAAUGCUGAGUUCCAGACCCUUGGCGACAAAUGGAAGUUGAGACAUUCUAUAUGAAGGAUGAUGCAGCAUUGCUGUUCCUACCUUGCUUGGUAAACCACUGACAAAAGAUCAAGGAUCAAAAUAUCUUCACAAAAAACGUGUAGGGACCCUCCUACAUGUACCUUUAAUAUUACUUCCAUGCUUUAUAUAUAUAUAUAUAUAUAUAUAUAUAUAUAUAUAUAUAUAUAUAUAUAUAUAUAUAUAUGACAAUCAAAUAAGCAUUGUACAGCCACUAGCACUUUUAAAAUUAUCUUUUUUCAUUAGUAGAAUCAAAUGUGUUUUACUUCCUGUAAUUCUUUGCAAUAGUACUCCUCUCUUGUGGCCAGACUCCACAUUAACCGAAUUUUGGAGAAUGAGGGUCACUAAAGUGAAAGUAAAAAGGAUAGUUUCCAAAGAAUGUCAAAAUAGAAUAUAUAUGUUUAUCAAACAUGUUUUGUUCAACAUUACAUACAAACUUAUCAUAACCCAUAAUUUACUUUCUUUUUUUUUCUUUUUGCGCCAAACUGGAGCAUCAACAUGUUUAAGUACCCAAUAUUAACAAAAUCAUGGUGAGACGAUAUGAAAGGCAGUUCUUUGUCAAUGCACUGUACUAUAAGAUCCAGAACAAGCCAAUCAUUGUCUUGCUUUAUUGGUAAGGUACAGAAAUAGAGUUUGCAAAUACUCUUGAUUGUUAUACAGGUAUCAUACAAACCCCUGCCAGAAUAAUUAGAACACAAAAUGUGUUGGCUUUGGAUGACAUAGCCAGUACAGAACUAGAAUGAGAUGACAUAUCCGCUGCUUAAUACAAGAUGACCUGCCAUGAUUGUCUUUUAAAGUGACAGAAAAGGCCCUGGUCAAGGAUUCAGAGAUGAUAUGGAUCAUCCAGGUUUUGCCACCUAUCUAGAACAUCCUUCAGUCUCUGCAGAUUGCCAGGUUGUGAGAUUCUGUGAAGAUGGCCAUAUACACAGAACUAAGCCAUGGUUUGUUUAGUUUUUUGUAUUGCUUUAUAAAGCACAUUGCGUGACUUUGGCCUUUAAAAGCACAAUAUCAAUCUAAGUUGGUUGGUGUUGUUCAAUGGGGUUUAUGUCCAAGCUCAGUAGAGGACAGUCAGUGUAGUCUAUGCAGUGCUUCCCAUGCAUGGUCCAUUGCAUCUGGUGGCAGAACCAAGCUUGUGUGACCCUAGAUACCAGCUUUUCACCAGGCGUACUUUGGGCAUUUUGGCAGCAGAAUGGACAACAUUGACUGUCAAAGACUUCACAUAGUCUGGAAAUGAACUCCAAAGAUAACUGGCUGGGUACAAAACAAUUUAUCCUGUAACAGCUACAGUACAAAUACAGUGGUGGUCAUGAAUGUUGCAAGUUUUAGCAUCAAAAUAUGGUUGAACUAUUACAAUUACUACUUUCUAAGAUUGUACACAUUGCAAACAUAAACUGUAACAAUUUAUGUGAAUAUGAUAUAAUGCAUUUGCCUUAUGAUGCACUAAAUGCAAGAUUAAACACUAAACAAAAAUGUUCCAAACAUUACACUUUCAAUGGACAACUAAAUUGUUUUAAAUAUACCAGUGAUCUCUUCAGUGGGUCUUAUUGGGUCCUUCUUUGGCCUUGAUCACUACCUGGCACUGUCUUGGCAUGGAGGCAAUAAGUGCUUGGAUAUUCUCUGUGCCAAGUUCAUGUUGUCAUAUAUAGAUCAGGUUUUUUUGGAGCUUAUUUUCAUACUAGGCUUAUUUUAACAGUGUUUGACCAUAGUUAGAUGAUAAAACUACAGUCCUCAUGUACUGUAACAUAUUGCAUAUGUUAACACCCAAGAAAACCACCUGUCUUUUAAAUAUAAAUUUAAAAUAGUUCCUUAAGAGGUCAAUAUAAGGAGGUUUGACAGUACCAGGAUAUGUACGGUGAUGCACUAUUCAUGAAAACCACUGUAUGAUGCUCAAGUUAUUCUGGCAAGAAUCUGUACAUACGGUACUGUAUAUUGCAAAAUAAAGGCAUUCCAUGUCACCAGUAUUGCUGCAGAAAACAGUGACAUUUAUGGUGUUCAGCCUUAAAUAAUAAUAGAAUCACUUAGUUCAUAUCCAAAUCAGUAUUGCAUUUUUAGAAAGACUCAUUUUAUAAACUUUUAGAAUGAAUUAUAUAGAAACAUAUAAUAAUUAAGGCAUUUAACUUGACAAUAUAGUCACUGACAGACACUUUCACAACCAAGAAAGAUUUCUCUAUAUCUCCAAGUCUGAAUAUACACAUGAUUUUGUUAUACAAGUUGUUUCGAGCUUCCUGAUGGCCUGUUUAGGUAUCUGUGAUUGUGUGUACUUUUCAUUUAAAUUGGUUUCCUUUGAAUGUUGCUGGGCAUAAAGUAGGGCUGAAUUAAAAACAUAUUCUACAGCAAUAUAAUUACAACACAUUUUAGAAAAAUUGUAACAAAAUUAUAAUCUCUCUCUAAAAAAAAAAAAAAAAUCCUAUAUUGGCCAUCAACACUUAAAACAAAAUUGUAAACAUUAAACUUCUCUGAAUUAAACAUGAUGUAACCCAAACAAAUCUACAAACUGCAUGUAGAUGGAAAACUGUUAAAAUGCCUGCAGCCACUCGUACCAUUUUAAGGGUAGGAUUUCAUUUUAUUAGUUACUGAUGUUUGGCCGAAAUUAGGUCUCAUUUAAGGAAGAACACUUGAGCAUUUCUAUUUGCAUAAGCAUAUAUAAUAUUCCACAUCAUAGAGCAAAAAAGUGUCACAGCAAAAGCCAUUAUUGUCUCCCAGGGUCAUAAGCAGUUAGAAAAUAGAUAAGAAUUUGACUGCAAUAUUUUCAUCAUCAGUGGAUAAAAGAACACGCAUAACAGCUGAAAAUUGCUGUGUACAUUCUGUCCAUUAUAGACUACAAUUUAUUAAGCAAAACUAUCUCAGCUUUAAUGUCUGUCUACUGGCUGUGGUAUGAGUAUGUCCAUACUGCAACUAAAUAGGCUUUGUUCUGGAGUGAAUUUCUGAAUUGUGAUUACCUUGUUGUUACAUUUUGUAGCAAGUAGAGUUAUAAAAAAUGUGAAUAUAAUGUAUGUAUAAUUGGAUUGUUGAUAAUAUACUUGCUAGACUGAAAUGAUUCAACAAUUUAAAAUACUUUACCCAUUUUAUGGUGUCUAAAUUAAGAAAAAAAAGAAACUCAGCUAUUUGUUGAUUUUUUUUGGAAAAAAAGUAAGAUAUGUAUUUUCAUUUUUAUUUCUGCUCCUUUUUCUAGAAUGAACCAUUGAUGUUGCAGAGAAAUGUUCCCAUAUACAUUGUGCUGCAUGUGUAUAAUACAUUACAGCAGGUAUAUCUGUUCAUUUCAAAAUGUGUUGUUUCCAGAAUGCAACAUUAACAAUGGCAUCUAUUUAAGCAAACAGCAAUGAUUUAGAAACCAGCCAAGAGGUUUAAUCAGUUAGUGUCAGUGUGUUUACUUACAUUCCAUAUCUGUCUGUUUAAUGUAAAAUAAAAAAAGGAAUAUGGUAAAAGGAAUCAUACAUUUAUUGAGCCAGGUUAGUUGCUUAAAAGCAAAAACAAAGCACUUGCCUACAAUCUGUGUAAUUGAACAACGGAAAAACUGCAUCUCAUACUCAGUUAAAUUCAAAACUUUCAUUUUCAGUAAUGCUUGUGUUUCAGCAAAAUAUACAGAUCUACAUUUAUUGAACUGUUACAAAAUAUACCUACUAAGAAGAUAAGUGUCAAGAAAACCCUGAUUUGGCCAUGGCAUCAUGUACUGGCAUAGAGAAUAUCCAAGCCUCAGUUGUCUCUAUGCCAAGCCAAUAUCAGGCAUUGAUCACGGCCAAUGGAGGACCCACAAAGACCCACUGAAAAAAAUCACUGGUAAAGCUUAAAAAAUAAUAAUCAUUGUCCAUUGAAAAGGUAUUAUGUUUGGAACAUUUUUGGACAGUGUUUAAUGUGAAUUGUAUUGUUUCAUAAAUUAAGUGCAUCAUAUGGCAAAUUAAGUUAAAUUGAAAUAAAGUUACUUCUCUCUCUCUUGGACAGUAUAAUUUGUAACAGUUCAAAACUAAUGAAUAAUUGUUAAAAAGCAUGAGGCAAGUGCUUACUGCAAAUCCAGGCAUACACAGUAAGAACAUAAGAAAGUUUACAGAGAGGAGGCCAUUUGGCCCAUCUUGCUCGUUUGGUUGUUAGUAGCUUAUUGAUCCCAGAAUCUCAUCAAGCAGCUUCUUGAAGGAUCUAAGCUUCAACAACAUUACUGGGGAGUUGGUUCCAGACCCACGCAAUUCUCUGUAUAAAAAAGUGCCUCCUAUUUUCUGUUCUGAAUGCCCCUUUAUCUAAUCUCCAUUUGUGACCCCUGGUCUUUGUUGUAUUUUUUUUUUAAUGUCGAAAAAGUACUUGCAAUGAGAUUUAUUUUAAUGUCAUCUACAAAAAAAAAAAAAAAAAUUAAAUUGUAAAACAUGGUACAAAUGUUUUGGAAAGAGUGAGCAUUAUAGAAACUUGAAGUAAAAUAAUAUCAGUACCAGCAAGUUUUCAAUUUAGACAUUUGGGUACUUUCACGUUUUAUUGCUUGAAAAAUGGUGUACAAUGUGUGCUGUCUUUGUAUAAAGUCCUUGUGAACGGAUAGCAUAGACAACUUUAUUCUUCAAAUACCAUUUCAGUAACUGAAAAUGGGUUAGUAAACAUGAUUCGCCACCAUAUACUAGACUCCACUUUUCGUAUGCUGUUACAAAUUAUUACUAGAGCAUUUAAGGUUGCAGCAUUGCUUGCUGGUUCAGAUUAACACUACUGAUAAUUUCCCAUAACAAGUUUUUAAUAAAAGUCUUAAGUGGAGUUAUAUACCUGGCUGGCUAUUUUCACACAAACAAAAAGCGUAAGAAGUGUCCCUCCCACACUAAAACACAAUUGCUAUUAAUACAUGCCUCUUAAGAUAUCUUAUUAUAACGUACAGCAGAGUAUGUUUGUGGCACCUCUUCAUUAAGAAAAAGGAGUAUGGCAUAGCAUUUAUUUGAUUUGUUUUAGCAAAGGGAUUAUUUGUAGAAAAGGACAAUGCUGAGAAGAUCUACCUGACUCUGUCAUAUAUGAUAUCCGGUGAUAAAUAUAUUGUCUUGUACAAAAAGUUUGUACAUAAAUUGUACAUGGUUUCAUUUUGUAUUUUCUCAAAUUAAAUUGAUGUAUUUGUGUUCUAA